GCGGCGGCGCGGCUGUGCCGGAGCCGCCUCGCUGGCCCGGUGGCGGCUCUGAGGGAGGGUCACGGGCAAGGGCGCGGCGGGGCUAGCGGCGAUGGAGGAGCCGCUCUGCUGCUGCGAAUACGUGGACCGGAGGGGCCAGAGGAACCACCUGGCGGCGUGCUGCUGCGACUGCCAGGACUUGGACGAGGGCUGCGAGAGGUGGCUAACGGGCAAAUCUUUGUCCCCGGGAACUCUGGAAAGAAUUGUGGACACCGUGGCGGACCGAGUGCGGAUUCCUUGGUUCGCGGGGGCUGUGAAGAUCAACCUCAGCCUCGUGCCGCCGCUGGUUCUGCUGCCCGUCUUCCUCCACGUUGCCGCACUUCACUUCUUGCUGGGGCUCGUCAUCUUGACGUCUCUGCCCGUUGUGGUUCUGUGGUACUAUUACCUCACCCACAGGCGGAAGGAACGGACCCUUUUCUUCUUGAGCCUGGGGCUCUUCUCCUUGGGCUACAUGUACUACGUGUUUCUGCAGGAAGUGGUUCCCCGAGGCCACCUAGAGUAUUCCCAAGUGGGCACUCUCACUUGUGGGUUAAUUCUUAUGCUUGCAGCCUUGUCUCGAGCCAAGAAGGAUCCCGGCUACCUUCCCAUCUCAUCAAGCAAUAAGAGAUCAUCGCACCAGGGUUUAUCCAGCAGAAGUGUUAAAGGGGGCUCCAAUGGUGUCGCCACGUCGGGAGCUGCCAGUAGCCGUGCUCUGAAUGGGGAGGCCAAAGGCUAUUCCAGGAUGUCAGCUGAGGAGCCAGAAGGUGUCAAAAAGGACUGGUGCGCUAAAUGCCAGCUAGUCAGACCAGCCCGAGCCGGGCACUGCCGGCUCUGCGGCAGGUGUGUGCAGAGACUGGACCAUCACUGUGUCUGGAUUAACAGCUGUGUAGGGGAGCGGAACCACCAAGCAUUCAUCCUUGCCCUCUCCUUCUUCAUGCUCACUGCAGUGUACGGGAUUACGCUGACCCUGCACACCAUCUGUAGUGGUAGAACUCCAUUUGUGGCGUUGUUCUACUGCCCUGGGGCCUAUUCUGACUACAGUUCUGCUCUGUCAUUCACCUGUGUGUGGUACUGUGCCAUUGUAACAGCUGGCAUGGGAUACAUCCUCCUUAUCCAGCUGUUGAACAUCAGCUACAAUGUGACCGAGAGGGAAGCUCGGCUGGCUCUGCGGGACAACGCUGGGCGCAGGCUCCUGGGUGGAUUAGUGAUAGACACUGGCCAGUAUAAUAGAGGCUUCCUAUGCAACUGGAGCCAUUUCUUGAGCCUGGGAUCUUCUCCUCCCCAGCGCUCUGCUGAAGACAUUGUGUGACACCCCUCUUUAUACAGAUGACAUUGACUUUCUUUAGUGGGGAAAUGGCCCCUUCCACUAGUACUCACUCUUCCCACACCCUUUCAUGGUCAGUGUAUGGGCUGCCUGUCCUGUCACUGACAACAUCAGAAGCUUUCCCAGGCAGAAUGGUUCUUCACGUGUUGGGAGCCAGCAACAGCAUGCAGAAAGCGGUAAGCCAUAUGCACAAACGUGGGGAGAAGGAGCCUGCUGCCUUCUUCUGUUGUGGGAAACUUGUACAGCUGAGCUCAGCAGGAGGAAGAGCACAAGGUUUUGAGAACUUGGGGGUUUUGUUGGAUGUAAACCCUGGCAUCAAGAGGAACCCACUGCUGGAUUUCAGAGUGUGCACCAGUUCCUGCAGAGGUCAAGGGAUUCUUGUCUGGUACCUACAGUUGACAUUUCAGACACGUCAGGAGGAUGAACUUUUGAUACUGGUAACAGAUGGACCCCUGCAGAAGCCAAGCUCUGGCUAGAAGCAUCUGUCUAGGCAGUUGCUGAACAGCACCCUCCUCUGAUGUGUUCUAGGGUUUGUUUUCUAUCUUCUGUUCCAUACAGUUGUAUAUGUGCUUGCAUUAAGUGCCUUUGUGAACAACGUUCCUGUAGGGCUUUUUAAGAUACAUUCAUCCCUUUACCCCUAAAGUUGUUAUUCCAUCCUUAUCUGUCCAGCUGGGUGAGAAGACACUGUCAUCUUCAAUCUUGUCAUUCUUUCUGCAAGAUAGGUCUGUGCUGGCUUGGAGACUUGUCUGCCUGUAAGCAUUUCUGCUCUGAUUAUAGAUUGUGACAUGAGACAGCAGGUCAAAAUACCAAGUAAGGAGGAGAUAUUUUGGAGCAACACAUUAACAGUGGACUCAGGGGAAAACAAAUACUGUAUGGUGUUACUGUAGCUUUAUGGAAACUACCUCUCUCUCCCUCUAUGGGAGAAGGGUGUCUGUGGAAGACUAGACAGUUCUGUGGACAGGAUUUUUGGUUGUGUUGCUAGUAACCCUGUGAUCCUGUCUCUUUUCAAUCCAGUCACUGUGAAGCUGCCUGACUGUAGAUUUGUUUUCUCAAGCUAAGAAGCUAAGAAGCAGUCAGUUUCUGUAUGUAGGGAGACGUGUUAAAGCUCUCUCAUUUUGGGGUGGAUGAGACCUGCACUGGCAGCUGAAUGUGUUGAAUGUGCUCUGCAAGAAUGCAUCUUGUUCCACAUGAGCCUGCAACCGUUUUAUUGCCCAGGCUUGAGCUGCAGCUGAACCGCAAAAUUUUGGUGGGGAUAGUUUUUGGGGUUUGUGCUGGGGUUUUAUUGUUGGUGUUUUUCUGUUUUAAACCCUUUCCACAUGUUGGCUACCAGUAGUCUGAAGGGUCUAGCUGGAAAAGCCUGGACCAGCAGCAAGAG